CAUUUGAGCACUCGGGCACUGCCCGAGGGCCCGGGGUCAGUAGGGGGCCCCAUGAGAUGCCCCUGGUACCUUUCAUUGACUGUUUCAUAGGCUUUUUUGGGUGUGGGCAAGGACACAGGGGCCCCAUGAUCCCCUAUUGCCCAGGGGCCCCAUGAGUUGUCAGUCCGCCCCUGGUUAGAUGAGAAGACCUGUGUUUAAAGUAAUUCUAAAGGCAGAAGGUUUUCUACCUCCACCCA